AUGCAAAAUUUUCCUAAAUGGGACCCACAUAUGGUCCAACAGCUUCCUUUGGAGAGCGAGGGAAGUGGGAAACGAUCCGAACCAGAAUCACCAAGUGUGGGUGCUGGAAGAAAGCGGCCUCUGGCUUUCAAUACAACUCUUGACGAAUGUAGUGAUAAGAGGCUUGAUCAAGGAGAACAAAUGAUCGACUUGAUAAGCAAAAGGAGCAAAGAUAGGAAAAAGCAGAAGGAGGAGGAGAUGAAAUUCGGCAUGUUACAUUCAUUGAUGGCAAAACUCGUCCUCGAUGAAUUUGUAGCCGACAUGUACAAGAAGCUUAGAGAGGAGUUUAGUAACAACGACCAACCAUUGUAUGGUGAUGAUAAGUUUCGACGAAGGUUUCGCAUGCGGAAACCUCUAUUUAUGAAGAUAGUGAAUCAACUAAGUGAAACUGAUCGAUUUUUCCAGCAACAUCCAGAUGCUAGUAUGCGUUUGGGUGCUUCUGCAAUGCAAAAGUGCACAACGGCUAUAAGGAUGUUAGCAUAUGACUGCGCAGCUGAUCAAGUUGACGAGUACCUCAAGCUUGGGGCAACUACGGCUAGGCAUUGUAUCACGCACUUCGUUGAUGGAGUGAUUCGUGAAUUCUCAGCAGAGUACUUGAGGAAACCAACCCCUGAAGAUAUGAAUCGCCUUCUAAGAGAAGGAGUGGAAAGAGGUUUUCCUGGUAUGUUGGGAAGUAUCGACUGCAUGCAUUGGGAGUGGAAAAAUUGUCCAGCGGGGUGGAAAGGGAUGUAUCAAGGACGAUCAAAAACUGCGACGGUUAUCUUAGAAGCUGUUGCAUCUUGGGAUUUGUGGAUAUGGCAUGCUUUGUUUGGAACACCUGGAUCGUGCAACGAUAUAAAUGUCCUUCAACGUUCACCCGUCUUUGACGACAUUUUAAAUGGUCGUGCUCCACAGUUUCAAUUCACCGUGAAUGGAAAUACUUACAAUCAAGGGUAUUAUCUCACAGAUGAGAUCUACCCAAAAUGGGAAACAUUUAUAGAUGCGAUAACUACACCUCAAACCCCUAAACAACGAUUGUUUACUACCAAACAAGAGAGUAUUGGAAAAGAUGUAGAACGUGCAUUUGGAGUGUUGCAAGCUCGAUUUGCCAUAAUAAGGCGUCCUGCUUUGGCAUGGAGUGUCGAAAUGUUGUGGAAAAUUAUUAUGGCGUGUAUUAUCAUGCACAAUAUGAUCGUGAAGAUGAGCGCGAUAGUUAUCUUAACUAUAGGAUCCUAA